AUGCUGAAGAAGACAGCCUUCAAGCGCUACACGAAGCGCGUGCUGGCCAAGGGCGACGCCGAGGAGGCCGACGCGUGGCUGCUGGCCUACCCGCUCUUCUCCACGUCGUCCUCCUCGCCCACCCGCGAACUCUUCGACCUCUGGGAGAAACGAUACGGUGAUGUUGCAGCGAGGCCGGACCUUACCGAAGACACGCGCACCGGCAAGCUGGCCCGACUCAACGCCUUCGCCGCCGCAUGGUGCCGCUCCCACUCCGGCGACCUGUCGGCGCGCCAGAUGGGGAAGAUCCUGCAGUGGGCCAUGAAGAACGACCCGCCGUUGGCCAAUGAAAUCAAACUCCUGCUUCUCCGCAAUCGACAGACGACCACCUCAGUCGGAGUUAAAGACUCCACAGCCGCCACCACCGUGGAGCCCACCACCACCGCCAGGGCCGACUCUGUGUGCGCCGACCAGUCAACGCCGCGACAACAGACGAAGCGGUUGGUCGACUUCAUGGAGAUCCCGGAGCCGGUACUGGCCCGCGAGCUCACGAUCAUCGAGUGGCAGCUGUUCCAGGAGGUCAACGUGCGCAGCCUGCUCACCACCACCAAGACCCAGCCGGGCGGCGACUCGCUGUUCGAGCCCAUCAUCACCCAGUACAAGCUGGUCUCGCACUGGGUGGCGACGGAGAUCCUCGUCACCAAGAGCGCGACCGUGCAGGUGCAGGUCCUCGAGAAGUUCAUCCGCCUGGCGGCCCAGUUCCUCCAGCUCAACAACUUCAACUCCUUCAUGGAGAUCGUCUCCGGGCUCAACCACAACUCGGUGCAGAGGCUGAAGGGCCUGUGGGAGCGGGUGUCGGAGAAGGUGCGCGAGCAGUGGAGCGAGAUGGACGUGCUCAUGAGCCCGCAGCACAACUUCCGACACUACCGGCGCGAGCUCAAGAAGCGGAAGGCGCCCGUCCUGCCCUACUUCGGCAUCUACCUCCGCGACUUCACCUUCAUCAACGACGGCAACCAGCAAUACAAGCCCGACGGCUCGAUCAACGACAAGUACGUGCAUCUGCUGUACGAGCGGGCGCAGGAGGUGCGUAACUUUCAGAGCGUGCCCUACACGCUGGCAAGCGCCGGCCGAUCGCCCGCGGUGCAGGGGUACCUGGCCUCGCUCCCCACGCAGGUCGUCUACGACGAGGAGGAGCUCUAUGCGCUCUCGCUCAAGGCCCAGCCCAGCCUCUGGAUCGACCCCACCAAGGGCGACGAGGCCGAGUCCGACACGUCAGAAUCGAGUGCCACGUCGCUAUCACUGCCUGGCGCGCUGGUUUCGUCCAACGACUCUCGACGCAACCAAAGCCAUAUGUCGGAUUUCGAUACGGACAAGGACAUCGAGUCGGAUUCGGGCUUCAAUCAUCGUACGGACGCGUCGGAUAUGUCCGAGAAGGCCGACGACGAUGCGUACGAGGAGGAGGAAGAGGAGGAUAUCAGCGAGUUCAGCGAGUCGAUCGAUGAGAAGGCUGCCCCGCUGGCGGGGUUAAAGCUCACCAUCAGCGAGGCCGACGUGGAAGCCAAGCCGGCAGAGAUGCCAAAGAACGAAGGCGCAACAAAGAACGAAGCCACUGCGACAAAGAGCGAAAGCGACGUCGUCACCGGACGCGAAGGCCGAGUGAUGAGCAUGGUAAAGGAUUUUAACUCCGGUGGCCGACCGAUCGACAGCGGCGCACAGCCGACGCGGGCGUCACCCCUCCGCAUGGCCCACGCCCAUUCGAGCGAUGAAGUCGCAGACAGUACCGCCAGCAGCAACAGCAAGACGAGGAAGAACAAAGACGACAAGAAGACGAAGAAGGUCAAGAAGGACUCGGUCCAGCGCUUGAAGGCUUCCAUCCGCCGCUCGGCCUCAUCUCCCACACCCACACCCACUCCCACACCCACGCCCGUUCCAUCGUCGUCUUCGUCGGCCGCAGGGUCGACUUCGCUCUCGUCGCCUACGCUCACGUCGGCAGGAUCGCCGUCACCCUCGGCCGCCCUCGCGGCGCAGGCGGCGAUCAAGGUGCGCCAGAAGCGGACGCUCCGGGUGGGCGAAGCCGUCGCAGGUGGGGAAGCGCCCAAGCCCAAGUGCCAGACGGUCCGGGUGCCGCCCGCGUUCGAUCCCCUCUUCUACACCGCCGAACGGAUCGUACACCGCUACUUCUCUGAGUGUUACCAGUCGGCGCGAACGGGCACGAUCAGCAUCUUCGACGAGCGCUACCUCAUGCUCCGCGCGCCUUCUCUCUCCGUCGAUUUCUUCACUGCCAUCGCCGAAACCUUCGCCGCCGGCGGAGUACUGCUCAGCGCCUCGCACCGCGAGUUGGUGGCCCAGCGGCUGCUGUUCGACUUCGCGCACGCCGUGGGCCGGUCCGACGCGCGCAACUUCAUGCGGAAGAUGAACCUCUCGUUCGGACCCGAGGGCCUGUCGGCCGGACCCGUGCACUUCUCCUACACCGGGUGGGCCGUGGUGCAGUUGCACGACACGUGCCGGCCGUCGCCCAACGACGAGUGCUACCUCUACUACGACCACCCGUUCUCCUUCGAAUCCUAUUCAUGGAGCUCGCAACAGGCGGCGCAGAAGAAAGUUCCGCACCACCCGGUGUGCGUGAUGAAUGCGGGCUACAGCAGUGGUUGGACCGGCGUGUCAAUGGGCAACGUCGACCUUGUCGCCGCCGAGGUCAUGUGCAUGGCCAGAGGGGACACGGCGUGUCGGUUCAUCAUGGCCCAUCCGACCAAGAUCCAGGCCCACCUCAACACCUUCUUUGACGAAAACAAUUUCUCUGCUGAGAAGCGCAACUCGGUGAUCAUCCACCGAUUCCUGGCCUCGAAGAAGACCUUCCAGUACCUCAACGACGCCGAGGCCGAGGCCGACGGCGACGGCACCAGGGGCGCCCAGGCCAAGGCCAAGAGCGCGGCCGCCGAGGUGCCCAAGGCCGAGCGCAAGAGCGACGUGGUCAAGUCCCUCAUCAACCGAUGGAAGGGCCGCGCCGCCCCCGCCCCCACCCCUGCCUCCCCCACCCCCGCUCCGUUCGAUCGAAAAGUCAACCCGGCCACGAUUGGCCAGCAGACGGCGGAGAUCGAGCGGGUGAUCACGACCGAGACCAAGCGGAGCCGUCGGCUCAUGAAGGCCAUCUUCGACAACCAGGUGCUCGACCCGCGGCACGGCAAUGUGACGAUCGACGGCCACCGCCAUAUCUUCAUCCGGGGCGAGGCCAUCUCCUACGAGUUCUUCCACCUGCUCAGGGAGAUGUUCCCGGCCGACCAGCGGGCCGACGCCCAGCUCUUCGCCUCCAAGUUCCUCUUCGACUUUGCCCGCAGCCUGGGCAAGACCGACCAACGCUUCUACACCCGCAAGGUCCUUCAACAGGAAUCGAGCAGCUUCGUGCAGAUGUUUUUGACUCUGCCGUCGCUCCUGGCCCAUAUGGGCUGGGGUGUCAUGAGGCUUUACGCCAAGGAGGCCAGCCUCGACGUCAGCUGUGGGGAGAGCAGCAGUGGUAGCGGGUUCUACCUCAAGUUUGCGAUCCACCAGAGCGUCGAGGCGCACGUGUGGAAGAAGAAGGAGAGCGAGGGCCGGGAGGAGCUGUCGUCAGGCGAGGAAAGCUGCGGUGACCACGACCACGACCACGGCCGCGCCCAGUCGCCGCGCGGCGACUACAGCCGGCCGCCCGUGUGUCUCAUGGCCGCGGGCUACAUCACCGGUUUCGCGAACGAGUGCCUGCGCGCAUCUCAGGGCCAGAGCGCGCCCACCGACAAGCAGAAGGGCGGCACCACUGCUCGGCUGCUCAAGUUGGGAGUCGUCGAAGUUGCCUGCGAAGCCCUUGGUCACGGAUCGCGCUGCACGUUCAUCAUGGCGCCACGGGAGAGCAUUGGCCAGUGCACCCGGGAGUACCUGGAUCGCAAGAAGCGCGCGCACUUCGUGCAGCACGUCCACCUGGGCCUCGUUCAAAGUCAUAGGGAGGCAAGCCCAUGA